CCCCCCCAUUCAGUUGAUGUUGCGUUCAAAGAUUGUGGGACGGACAACAUCUAGAUAUCCCCUUCACUGCCUGUCUUGCCCAAAAGACUGCAACCGUCCUCGAAAAUCUAGAUAACGGCUUUCCGCAAAAUCUCCCAACCGCUGUAGCUUCACACCAAACUGGUCUAUCCCGCCAACCCAUCGCUACAAGAUCAUAAUGGGGAAGACGCCUAAGCCUAAGAAUCGAGAAUUUUCGGUUCAUUCCCGAACGGCACGACGACAUGUCUCGCCACCCCUCAAUCCCGACCAGACCGUGAAGAGCGUUGAAACUGGUACCUCCGCAGUAGGACGUCCCGACGUCCUCUCCCCGCACAGUGCGGGCGUCCACAAGCGAACCAAGCAGAAGAGCCUAACGCGUCAACAACGCUUGCGACACGAGAAGGGGAUGGAGCGCGCCGACGCCAACGUUGCGAAGCUGGAGGCGAAGGUGCAGAAGAGCACCGGCCGACAUAGCACGGUCAAGAGUCGGAAAACCGACUGGCUGGACGUCAAUGGCAAGCUUAAGACGGGCAGCAUGUUCGCAGCGCUCGAGAUUGACGAUAUGGAGAUGAAGGGGAGCUUUUAUAAAGAUCAGGCGCGGCGGGAGGCUAAGGGGAGUCCCGAGCGGACUGCCAAACCCCGAGCACGAGACGUUAAGCAGACGGAUGCAGACGAAUCGGGCAGAAAACUGGACUUGCCAAUCAUGGUCAAAGGGCCGGAAGGUGUUCCCUCAAUUGGUGCUGCCGGGUGAUGUUCGUGGCACUGAGUCCACUAUCUUAUCUCCUGAACGCUCCAUGAACAAGAUGUGUAUGGAUACCACAUCUACGUGUCCAGCCUCGGACGACGCUCCUAUUGAAACUGAAUACGGUUGGUUCUAUCUGCUUGUGGGCAAGCAGAUCAUCGCCAACUAACGAUUCUGGAGCAGAGUUUCGCAAAUGUCGUCGACGAUGGAACGAGAGCAUCACAAGGCACGCAUCAUGACUAUACAAUAGACGAACGCAGUUUUGAAUAGGAUCUAGCUGCUCUC